CCUCAGUCCCACUCUUACUUCUCCAGAUCACGCACGUUCGCACGCACGCUCUCUCCCCUUCUCUCUGCGUAAGAAGAUCUCUCCCGCUCGUCCGCAGAAAUGGAGGACUUGAUCAAGGGCCUGAUCGACGUGGCUCUCGGUGGCCUUCGUGAAGACCGGAACGACCAAGAAGACUCCGAUGAUCAGCGCUCGCGCGACGAGCGUUCCAGAUCCACUUGGGCCGAGGUGGUGUCGGGAGAUCAGGACGGCGACGAGGGACGGGGGAGUGAGGAUCGACAGGGAUAUCGCCGUAGUUCGUGGAAUGAGGAGGAGAAGAGCGAGAAUGAGCACGGGGCGUGGGGGACUGCGGAGUCAAGGCCUUCGAGGCGACCCCAAGUGGCUGUAGAUCAGGGGUAUGAAACCCAUGAAGAUGGCAGAAGGCAUAACUAUGACCAAACCCCUUGGAACAGAAAGGAGGACAACCAGGAGAGUAACGACGACUGGGAAGCUGUUGGCAGAAAGCAUCAGAGGCAACCUCACAAGGUUCAGAUGGAUCACUGGCAUGGAUACAAACGGCCUCCUAGUGAGCAGGAAUACUCCAAUGAGGUUGAAAUCGGUUCUGGCAUAGAACCCACAGAGGAGGAACUUUCUGAUCUAUCACAAGCCUGUAACAAACUCUGGGAACUCGACUUGAACCGAUUAAUACCAGACAAGGACUAUCAGAUAGAUUGUGGUGAGGGAAAGAAGGUCUAUCAAAAGGAAGACAUGGCACAGGGAAGCUUAUUUAGCUGGCUGAGUGAAGAUGUAUUCAGAAGGCCUACUUACUCUCGCUUUUGUUCUCUUCUCGAUAAUUACAAUCCAAAUGGAGGUUGCAAAGAAGUUGUGACAUCCGAAGAGAGGCAGGAACAGGUUGCUUUUAUAGAAGAAAUUAGCAGAACAGCACCAAUCAAGUAUCUUCACAAGUAUUUGUCGUCCAAGGGCAUGGUAUCUGGUGACCGUCAAGAGUUCAAAAGUGUGAUGAUGCGACUAUGGUUUGAUCUCUAUGGCCGAGGUGGUUCAUCCAGUUCCUCAUCUGCUUUUGAACAUGUUUUUGUUGGGGAAAUCAAGCAAUGUGGUGAGGAAGAAGAAGUUUCUGGCUUUCAUAAUUGGCUUCAGUUUUACCUAGAAGAGGCAAAAGGAAGAGUUGAUUAUCAAGGUUACAUUUUUCCUCGACGCCGUGGGGAGAUUCCGGACUCCGAAACCCAGUUGCUCACUGUUCAGUUUGAAUGGAAUGGGAUUCUCAAAUCCGUGUCAAGCACAUUAGUUGGUGUGAGCCCGGAGUUUGAAGUUGCCCUCUAUACUCUAUGUUAUUUUGUGGGUAGAGAGGACAACCACGUCCAGCUGGGCCCAUAUUCUGUUAACAUCAAAUGCUAUAGGUUUGGGGAUAGAAUUGGAUCGGUGUUCCCUGUAUCUGAGUGCUGAAAUUUGGUCAUCGUGAGUACUGUUCUUUUGCUCUCGAGAGCUAAGUUGUAAUCAUCAGAAAUUUUCUCGCUGGACGCUGUAGUGAAGAGAAAAUCAGCUCAUUCUGCUCCACAAACGUUUUAGUCUAGUGACAUCAGGUGUUUUUGUAAAAAAUGACAUUGUAGUAAUGCAUGGCCAUCAUUUCGUGGA